AUGCCUGGAAGCACUGCGCUGGACAUGACACACACAGUGUGCAAGCUUUGCAAAACGAAGACCAAGUACUUCGGCAGCACAACAAAUGCGCGGGCUCAUAUUAAUAGGCAUCACUCGGAGCUCAGCGACACAGAGCAGCCGCCAGCUGCAGACCAACGCACACUGCAGUGCUUCACGAAACUUCCUGCCAACUCCGAGAGGGCAAAAAAAAUAACUCGGUCUAUCGCCUGCUUCAUCGCCAAAGACCUAAGGCCUUACAGUGUGGUGGAGAACGAGGGGUUCGUCUGCAUGUUACAGACAGCAGAGCCGAGGUACACCAUACCGUCCCGCAAGUUUUUCACUGAGACAGCUGUGCCACAGCUUUACAAUGAAACUAAAAGAAAGGUCGCCAGUGCCCUAACCGAAACGACCAGAGUGGCACUAACAUGUGAUGCAUGGACAUCAAGAGCAACCAAGUCUUUUGUGACAUUCACCGCUCACUACAUAACUGAUACGUGGGUGCUCGAAUCCCGUGUUUUGCAAACUCGUGUGAUGCACGAGAGCCAUACAGCCAUUGACAACUUGGCACACAUUACAUGUUUUGCCCAUACUCUCAACCUGGCUGCACAACGAGCUCUGAAGCUCACCACGGUGUCACGACUGCUUGGGAGGAUCAGGCGAAUUACUGGUUUCUUCCACCGCAGCGCCAUUGCAAAUCAUGAACUGCUGGAAAAGCAGAAACUUCUGCAGUUACCGGUGCACAAACUGAAAACGGAUGUCGCUACACGCUGGAACAGCGCGCUGGACAUGAUAGAACGAUUCCUAGAGCAGCAGCCUGCUAUUUGUGCCGCGCUGCUCUCCCCCCAGGUGAGAAAAUCUGGAAGUGACAUCUGCACACUCAGCGACACUGACAUCUCCACUGCUGAGGAAAUAGCAUCGGCGCUGAAACCAAUGAAAGACGCAACCCACAUAAUGUCAGAGGAUUCUACGCCUACACUCUCAGUUAUUGCUCCUUUGCAUGCUCAAUUGCUGCACGACACGGAGGCAGCUGGCGUUGCUGCUGCUGACACACCAGUUAUUCGGGAAAUCAAACUGGCAAUCCACGAUGAUCUGGGGAAAAGAUACAGUUCUGCACGGGAUAAGCGCAUGCUGUACUCUGCUUCCUUUUUGGACCCCAGAUUCAAGGCCCUGCCUUUCCUCACUGAGGAGGACCAGCUGGAAAUCCAUGCCAAUGUAGUUGCAGAGGCUGCAGCACUUGAGAGACAAGUGAACUCAGAAGAGGCUGAGGUUGAGUCUGAGACACCACAGCAAGAAGAAGGCCCUGCUCCAAAAAGAAAGCCCUCUGCACUGGUCACGCUAUUGGGCAAGACAUUUACUGAGGUCAGUGUUGUCCCUAGAUCUGCCAGCUCCAGAGCUGAAGAGGAACUGAAGAAGUAUCUUGAAGCCCCUCCCCUGUCUCUGGCAGAGAACCCGCUCAGCUGGUGGAGGACCCAUCAGACAGCUUUUCCUCUCUUAGCUGAACUGGCUAAGCGAUACUUGUGUAUCCCUGGCACUAGCGUUGCAGCUGAGAGAGUUUUCUCCACCGCUGGAGAAAUAGUGACAGCACAGCGAAGCAGUCUCACUCCUGCACAUGUUGAUCAGCUUCUUUUCCUGCAAAAGAACCUGAAUGUUGCAUCUGCAAAUGGACAGUAA